GCGAGGGCGGCUCAGGAACGAGGGGGGAGAGCGUUCAGUAGGCCUAUAUGUGACGCUACUUCUCUGAAACAUCCAAAGUAUUCCUGGAGGCCUCCUAAAGCCGGACGCUACAAGCUACCGACGUGAGGGGCUUUUAAAGACAUGCAGGCGGAGGCGACCACCGCUGGGAACGCGACCACCGCCGGGAACGCGACCACCGCCGGGAACGCGACGGCCUGCGAUCCGCCGUACGACCUGGCCCGUGUCCCCAUGGUAGUCCUCUACAGCGUCGUCUUCGUCGUGGGCUUCCCCGCCAACCUCCUCACCUUGUGGUUCACCUGGAGGCAGGUGCGGCGCAAUAACGUGCUGGGGGUCUACCUGUGCAGCCUGUCUGUGUGCGACCUGAUCUACCUGUCGACGCUGCCCCUGUGGGCGCUCUACAUCGACGGCUGCCACAAGUGGGCCUGGGGCUCCCGCGCCUGCCAUGUCACCGGCUUUGUCUUCUACACCAACAUGUACAUCAGCAUCCUGCUGCUGUGCUGCGUCUCGUGCGACCGCUACGUGGCCGUGCGCUACGCCCUGGAGUCGCGUGGCCUGCGGCGCCCACGCGUUGCCGCGGGCAUCACGGCGGCCAUCGUGGUGAUGGUGAUGGCGGCGCACGUGCCCGUCUUCUUGAUGCGCGAGGGCGACACGGAUCACAAGCUAGAUAUGAGGUGCUUCGAGCCGGAUCACACCCCCAGCCAAUACGUCACGGCCUUCAACUACGCGCGCUUCUUCCUGGGCUUCGUGGUGCCGCUGGCGCUGCUGACCGCCUCAAACUACGGCGUCCUGCGCGCGGUGCGCGCCAGCCACUCGCUGCAGCUCGGCCAGAAGAGGCGUGUGCGCUGGCUGGCGGUCGCCGUGGUGACGCUGUUCCUGGUGGGCUUCGCGCCGUACCACCUGGUCCUGCUGGUGCGCGCCGCCUUCUCCCACUACCCUGAGCACCAUGAGCUUCAUUUAGCUUUCUCCAGGUGGAUCUACGCGCCGUACUACGUGUCUCUGGGCUUCUCCACCCUCAACAGCGCCUGCAACCCCCUCCUCUACGUGCUGUCCAGCGGGGACGCGCGCGAGGAGCUGUCCCUUGCGCUGCGGGGUCAGAGCGAGGUCACAAUGGGGACAGCCUGGGGGUGUAAUGGAGAGGUGACAACACGUUCGAUACUAUAUAGAAGUGUUUCGAGGACUCAGUGCGACGUCGGCUCGGGAACGAGGGGGGAGAGCGUUCAGUAGGCCUAUAUGUGACGCUACUUCUCUGAAACAUCCAAAUUAUUCCUGGAGGCCUCCUAGAGCCGGACGCCACAAGCUACCGACGUGAGGGGCUUUUACAGGUAAUAUGUUUGACAGCUAGUGUGCAACAACAUGUUCUGGUGAACCCCAUAGGGAACGAACACUAGCGGCUCUCUGUUGACCAGGAUAGUCGCCACUUGUAGGCUCUCAGUGUGUUGUCAUGAGGAGACUCGGGGAGAGGAGAGAGAACCUUCUGGAAGAAGCAGUGAAAUACUCACCGCUAUUGAUAAUGCAUGGUGCAUUGCCUUGUAAUCAACAAUUCCUCACUUUUUAAAAUAAAAUAAGCUUUGAUUUGAGAA